AUGUUACAGGGGACCACCAAACUUCCAUGGAAAUUUUCACACCAUCCAGCUGCUGCUGGUACGUUUUUCACAGUCAUGCUACUUGGACUUAAAUUCUGCACAUGCCAGUAUGAAGGGAGCCUACAAAAUGUUAGAUUGGGAAUUCAGCUGCUGGAAGAUGGGAUUUAUCGGGCUGCAUUAGGCUGGUUUGCUUACGAACCUGAAUGGUUUGAACAUGAUCAUGGAAAUUUUGCACACAUCGAGGCUCAAUCUGUUAAUUCAUUUGUUCACUAUCUCCAAAACGAUCCAAAAGCACUGGGUGGGGAAUAUGGGGGAUCUUUUCUUGACAUGGUAAGACACCGAUAUUGCUAUUUAUCAUGUUGUCAAGGCCGGCCCAAGGGCAGGGCGAGCUGGGCCGUCGCCCAGGGCAACAAUAUACCAUGGGGCAUCAGAUAUUGUCCAACUCUUAUGGGUAUCACUUGUGCCAAAAGUUUGAUCGCACAAAAAUAUUGUAGUGUUGAAAUGCCAAACAGAUGGAAGCAAUUCUUUAGCGGCUAA